AUCUCGCACACUGCUAGUCCCGCCUUUCACCGUCCCUGUGAGAGGGACUGGGAGUUUAAUGUUCCCUCUGCUCGUCUUCGAUACUCGGGGACACAUUUUACUUUACUGUCAUUUUUUCCUCACCACUUUUUGUGUGUUUGACUUCCUCGACACUUUAAUUUGCGUCCUCGAAAAUUAGACCUUGCCUACUGCAGUAUCACCACCCCACCUGACCCGAGCAACAUUCAAGCCACAAGCCAUGCUUCUACCCUCUUCACUACUACUCCUCCUUGGCCUCCUCACCUGGAGUCCCAGUGCAUCAUGGGCCGCUAAAGUGAUCGUGGUCCCACCCAUCAUGUUUGAAUCACACCUCUACAUUUUCAAGACGCUGGCCACGGCUCUGCACCAGGAGGGCCAUGAGACCCACUUUCUAAUUUCAGAGGGUCGUGGGGUGCCCCCUUCCCCUUACUACCACUUGCAGCGCUACCCAGGAAUCUUUAACAGCACCACGGCUGACAAUUUCCUCCAGUCAAAAGUCAGCAACAUCUUCUCAGGCCGCCUGACAUUUCUGGAACUGUUUGAUAUACUUGACCACUACUCUCAGAACUGUGAUGCUGUCGUUGGCAGUGUUGAGGUAAUGACCCGCCUCAAGGAGGCCAAGUUUGACCUGCUGCUGGUAGACCCUAAUGAGAUGUGUGGUUUUGUGAUCGCUCAUAUCCUGGGUGUGAAAUAUGCCGUGUUCAGCACAGGCCUGUGGUACCCUGCAGAGGCGGGCGCCCCAGCCCCACUUUCAUAUGUACCCGAAUUCAACUCAUUGCUGACAGACCGCAUGUCUCUGGUCCAGAGGAUCGCCAACACAGCUGUUUACCUGGUGCAGCGCUUUGGAGUCCGUUAUAUUGCAUUACCCAAGUAUGACCGGAUUAUGAAGAAACAUGGAGUGAAGCCUCAAGUGGCUAUGUCUGACUUGGUGCAGGGCAGCCGGCUGUGGAUGCUAUGCACUGACCUGGCUCUGGAGUUCCCCAGGCCCACCCUGCCACAUGUGGUGUACAUAGGAGGCAUCCUUACCAAGCCCCCCAAUCCACUUCCACAGGACUUUGAGGUGUGGGUGAAUGACACAGCGGAGCAUGGCUUUGUGGUUGUGUCAUUUGGAGCUGGGGUCAAGUACCUUUCCCAUGACAUUGCUCACAAACUAGCAGGAGCCCUCGCCAGGCUGCCCCAGCGUGUCAUCUGGAGAUUCUCUGGAGUUCCACCCAGUAACCUUGGUAACAACACCAAGCUUGUUGAUUGGAUGCCUCAGAAUGACUUAUUAGGUCACGCCAACACAAGGGCCUUUCUGAGCCAUGGUGGCCUGAACAGCAUCUACGAGGCCAUGUAUCAUGGGGUGCCGGUGGUAGGUGUGCCCCUGUUUGGAGACCACUAUGACACCAUGACUCGUGUGGCAGCCAAAGGUAUGGGUAUCAUGCUACACUGGAAGUACAUGACCGAGGAAGACCUCUACACAGCCCUGACCAGCGUCAUCAAAGACACCAGGUACCGCCAACAAGCACGUACUCUCUCCAACAUUCACAAAGACCAGCCAGGCCAUCCUGUGACCAGGGCUGUCUACUGGAUCAGCUACAUCCUACGUCACCACGGUGCCAACCACCUGCGCUCCGCCGUAUACGAGGUGUCCCCCUACCAGUACUUCCUGCUGGAUGUGAUUUUCACUGUAGGGGCUGCCUUGGCUCUGAUCGUCUUUGCCCUGCGACGGUUGGUAAGAUUGCUGAGGGGGAAGGCUGGGGACCAGAGCAGAGGAGGUAGUGUCCCCAGGGAUGAUGGUAACAUGGCCAAUGGACAUUGCCAUAGCGAGAGCAUGGCCAACGGGAAACACAAACGCAAUGGCUCCUUGAAAAUCGAGAAAAAGCUGAAUUAAUGUUUUGAAUGACCAAAAGGGAUGAGGAAGAAGUUGCCCCAAGGACUCAGCUCUAGGUUUAGUUUAGUGGGUUAAUAAAACCUUUGAGAGAAAGCUGUUCUUAGGUCUGUGUUGAGAGGCAACUGCUACUCAGAGUGAGCACGAUGCUAUAGGAUACACAAUGCAUCAUGUGGGAACAGAGCAAGGCAUCGGGUGCUCAAAAUCUGUGUGUGUGUGUGUCUGUGUGUGUCUGUGUGGGUGUAUGUGUAUGUGUGAACUGAAGCAAAUUUAAUGAAAACUAAUAAAAGAAGCUGCAAUACAACACCAAAUUGGAAAGUCAUUGAGGAUCAAACACAGGAAAGACACAUUGGGAGGACAUUGUUUUUUCAUGUGCGUCAUUUCUCCUGCAAGUUCCCUGUUAUCUUCCUGGCUUCCUUACCAAUGGAAGGAUGAUGAAGAAGGGAAAUCCUGAGCGCCAACUACUCAUCCUCAGAACAAAACAAGCAAACCAAUGGAUAACUUUUGAAAUAGUUAGGAUUUAAUGUUUUUAACUGCAAACUCUGCUUCUACGUGUGUCUGGUAACCUGUAAAUAGAGGAAACAUCUUGUCAUUACUGUACAAAUACAUUUUAAUGAUGGAGCUUUUUAAUCUAAUUUUUAAUUUAUUUCAUGUGUCAAUAGUGUGAUAGCAUUAUGGUAGAUGUACACUCCCUCGUCUAAGUUCAUAUUGGUGAAAUAAACAAAACAAAGACUAACAGCUUCAGUCAUUAUAAGUCUGCACAGGUCUAUGCUUUCUGCAGUUUAAUCAUCCACAGUAUUCAUGGCGGUCUUGUUUCAAACUAAUCAGAGUGUUGAAAAUAUUUUAAAUUUCUCCCUUUUCACACGGUAGUGCCAUCCUGUGACUGCACUUAGCUGUGCAGCGCCACAUUAUCUCCUGACUGACAGUUUGCUCUGGUAGAGUAUAACUUAAUUGAACUUUGUUGGGCUUAUCAGUGUGAAAAGGGUGAUCAUGUUAUCAUCCAAAUAUAUAAUAAUGAUGAUACCGGGGAUACUGUGGAUAGGCAGAGCCAGAUCAGAAAUGUGCUCAGGGAUGAGUCAGAGCAUUAUUGAUUUAUGAUGUCUUGCUUCGUUAGUCCCAUAUCUUCAUUCUGCAUCGUAUCUCAUCUAUUUAUUGAUUAAUAAGGAUUCAUCACUUGAUUGUCAUUUUUAGUGCUACACUUGACUUUGUGCAUCAUUCCUCUGAUUCAUUCAAUAGAUAAUUUCUAACAUACUGUAUGUUGCAAAUGCUAGUUUUAAGUUACACAGUUCAGGUAGAAAUCCAUUCAUUGCUUCUCUUCUGCAAGUUAAAGUCUGUUAGAUUAAGCUAUGGCGGUCUAUGUACAGUUAGACCUUAUGUAGGUAGACCUUAUGUAAUUAUAUUAACUUUUGAAUGUGAAUGAUUCACAUUCUGUAUGUUUCCUUUUAUAAUGCAAAUACUUGUGUAUGCUUGACUACAUGUGUAUGUGUGCUUGUUGCUGUUUUAGAUGUGUGUGUGAGUGUAUGGAUGAAACAAGACAAAUGACGUAUACUUUAGCCCACAAACAAAAAACAACCACUGGCUUUUUUGCCAUUCUUUGAAGUCACCAUUCUAAGUGUAUAUAGUGUAAUAAGACUGAAGUUGUCAGUAGCUGUUUUUAUCAUCUUAUGUGUCAAUCCACUCCACUUUAUUUUACUUAAUCAGAUAGAGGAAUGGUGUAAGGAGGGUGAAAGAGUGACUUAGUAGUAGACAACAAAGGUAAACCCAACUACUUCUACAAUGAAUAAUACUGUGUCAAAAGUGACACUGAUCCCUGCAGUGAAAUAGUCUUUUCUUGAACCCCCGUUGAAGAGAUCAAAGUACAGGGCGAGCUGGAAGAGGAUCUUUGGAGUUUGUGGGGAUUCAGUAUCUUGCUAAUGGACAUUUCAGAAGGGCAGGUCCUCGUGGACAGGGGACAUAAAGAUCUCAUUAACAUGAGACUUCCAGUUGAACCACCAGGCCACACUUUCUGUAUUUACCUCCAUUGUUCCAGCAGCAUAGCCCAGACAUCUACGUUCUAACGUUUUAAAUUGCAACCACAACUGGCAUUCUAGCAAAGAGAGUUUACCAAAUUAAUAAAGCAUAGCACAUGGACAAUAUAUGUAUGUAUUUAAAGGAAACAGAAUAAAUGCUAUCACUUAACCUGUCAAAGUUGCUGAGGACUUAACAUCCAACCAACAUAUAUGCUCACAAAUCCUGUAUGAUAAUUGAGAAAAGCUUCAUGAUCUUCCUUUCCCUGUGAGCUACAAAUACACUUGCACAGCCCGACCCCACCCUGCUGAAAACAGACUAUUAUACUUGAAUCAUCACCAUUAUCAUCAUCUAUAACAAGUUCAGCUGUUGGGUAUGGUAGGUAGGCCUGCAGGUGCUACACAAGCUAUGAACAGGGUCUGGAGAGAAACAAAAACAUUUUUUUCAUUGUUUUUUUUUCCAGUAUUGAUGUUAUAGCCUACAUAGUUAAAGGUCCACCCAUGCCCAUCCUUUACUACUAUUUUUAUUGUUUCUGUACUUACUCUGCAGUCUGACGUGUCUCUGUUCUUGUGACGUUUACAUUUCAUCAGCUUUAAGUUUUCUUUGUUCUGUCUUCAAUAGUGCACUUGCUUGUUCCAUUUGUUCACCUCUUUGUCUUACUCGUGACUUCCUGGUGUAUUCUGCUGUCAUUGUAUUCUUGUCUUUUUCUUCCUCCUCCUUCCCCCAUUAAAUACUAGAUGUUAUUAGAUAGACAGAUAGACUCACUCACAUUUUAAACCUUGAUUUUACUUUGAUUUUAAAAUGACAAAGUCCUAAAUUUUUUUGUUUUCUUUUCUUCAUGUGUAUCCAUGUUGUAAAUAGAACAAUGUAAACAAAAAACUAAUGCUGAAUAAAAAAAAUACAUAUUUUGUUUGAAGAGAU